AUGGCUGAUAAUCUCAGCCCCAGUGCCAGUCCAGGUCCCACUCCACGCAAAAGAGGACGUCCGCAGGUCACACCUUUGGAACCGUACAAAGACGAGAUCGUGAAGCUCUUCCUCGAUGAUGAUCUUCCCAUCAUUGACAUUGCACGGAAGCUGAAUUUGGAAUACGGAUUAGACGUGAGCGAACGUACGAUAUCCCGUCGGCUCACAACAUGGAAUGUUCCUCGAAAGAAGCAGCGGGGAUUUACAUCUCAAGAAAUGCGCGAUCGCCUCACUUACCAUUAUAACAAGAAUCUCAACGAUGACCAGAUUGCAACGGAAUUGGCUCUCGAAGGCUUCGAUGUCAAGUCUCGUAAUUUGGGGCGACUGCGACAAAAGAUGGGCCUUAGAAGAAGAUCAAAGUUCCCGGAAUUUAGAGAAUAUUCCGACGAUGAAGACGAAGCAUCCGCGCAGCUUGCUGCAGAGGCCGGGAGUGCUCGUCCGAAGCCGCCAGCAAAGAAACGGAAGAGGGCAAAGCCGAAACACAAUGCCGCUUUGAUUCCCAAAGUCUCAGCUUUUGUCGAAAAGUACAUGUGCAAGUAUGAUGGGUCUCAUGAUUUCAACCACAUUCGGCGCGUGGUAGGCCUUGCACAUUUGAUUUAUACUGAAAUCAAUGGCAGCAAGACCCAGAAUCCUGAUUCUGAAGACGAGGAACUAGAGUUGGAUCUGCACGUAGUCACCUUGGGAGCACUUCUGCACGAUGUUGGAGACAAAAAGUAUUUGGAGCCUGGUCAAGAUGCGAAUACACUUGUUCUAUCCACUCUGCUAGGUUUUGGCGCUCCGGAGGAGUUGGCCAUCAAGGUGCAACGAAUUGUACUAGGCGUUUCUUAUUCAUCGGAAAUUAAGGACCCGGCCCAGGUCCAGAUUCUAAUUCAGAAGUAUCCUGAAUUAGCAGUAGUUCAGGAUGCCGAUCGCCUAGAUGCGAUUGGAGCGAUUGGCAUUGGUAGAACCUUCACAUUUGGUGGUGCAAAAGGAGCCAAACACAUGGGGGAGACCAUCGAUCAUUUUGAUGAUAAGUUGGUGAGGCUAGAAAGCAUGAUGAAGACCGCACCCGGCAAGCGUAUGGCAAGAGAAAGGACAGAACGAUUGUUAACCUUUCAGAGCUGGUGGGCCGAAGAGAAGGGAGAUGCGGAAGGAUUACUUCGAAAGUAG